UUCACUCCUGGGUCUACUGGGUUCACCAUGCCGCCGGUCGUUGCUUCUCCUGCAGCUUAUACAGGUUUGCUAAGCAUCCCUAUUCCCGUGAGGAUCGUCUUGUGUGGCCACUCAAUUUUGUUUUGGGCUCAUCGGAGGGCUUCUUCGUCUGCUCCUGGGACCCAGCUGCAGCUUUCGGCUACCGCUACAGUUCACUGGGUAGCCCGGAGGGGCAUGUUAUGGGACGCGUUUUUGCCUUCUGUGUGCCAUAUUAUGUCUUCUAUGGAUAGGCCACAUAUAUUAUUGAUCCAUUUAGGGGAAAAUGAUUUGGUACAGCAUCCAGGUGUGGACCUGCUUGUUAAGGUCACUUGCAAUCUCACGUGGCUUAUUAAUUCAUAUCCACGCCUUAUAAUUGUGUGGUCAGAUAUGCUUGUUAGAAGGGUGUGGAGGGGUGCUAUUCAUCCCAACAGGAUCGAUAGAUCUCGGAAAUGGGUGAAUAGGAAGAUCAGGGCUCUUGUCCUGUCGCUCGGGGGGGCAUUCAUUCCCCACGACAGGAUUAGGUUCCAUGCCCCACAUUUGUUUCGUGGGGAUGGUGUUCAUCUUUCAGACCAGGGGUGUGAUUUGUUUUUGGAGGAUAUUAUGAAGGGUUUAAGGGUUUUGUUGUCUUCGUUGGGUGGAGUGGACCAAGCUUGAGCUGAUCCCCUCUUGUGGCAUAGAAUUCGGGCAGGUGAGGUAUAUAGGGGGAUUAUAUAUUUAGGCGGUUAAGGCAUCAUAAAAGGAGCACUUCCCGGGGAACCAUCAGGGUUCAUCUCUGGUGGGGAUCUGGGUGGUGUCCUUAUGGGACUGGCUUGUGCAUCAUGGUGAAAGCCUGUACGGCGGGGCCAUGGUGUGGAGGUUGGAACCACGCGCAUGGCUCCAAG